UUCUGCACAUGUAUCGGUGCCCGCGGCACGUUGGAAUCGGGGAUCGCAGGUAAUGUCCAUGAUAUUUUAAAUAAACAUUUUAAUUCAAUUUCAUAUUUUUUUAGAUAACUCCGCUUCAAUUUUCUUCAUCGAUCAGCUUACUUUCGAAUUCACGAAUGGACUAAUUUUGUUAGAAUUUCAUAACUUGCAAUAAUUUAACUUAACAAAGAAGAGACAGUAAUCUAGACUACAACGAAAUAAAGCAAAGGUUACAGUGAUGUGUGAAGUAGUCAUAUAGAGUCUUUAAGUCUCAUUGUUUAAAGUACGAGGGUGCCUUACUAGUUUUCUCAAUGCGUCAAAGAAUCGUGCUGUCUAUAAUGAUAUUUCUUGCUAUCAUCUUAUCGAACAUUUUACUGUUUUUAUUAAAAGGUUUAGUUGAAAUCGAGGCACAAUUACGAUAUUAUAAAGAUGAUGGUACCAUUACAUAUUCAGGAAUUUGUGAACCUGAAGGGAGGUUUGAACUAUUUUAUGAGCUUUUCUCUCCAACUAGUAUUUAUGGAAAACUGAGUUACUGGCUACCGACUUUAGCAUAUUUUUGUGGAUUUAUUAUAAGCGCUAUUCCCAGUGGUAUUAUCGCUGACAAAUUUGGCGGGAAGUAUGUAUUAAUGACAGCAGUUAGUUUUGCUGCAUUAUUUUUACUCGUUACUCCGCUUGCCAUUUCAAUGCUGGGCUAUUUAUCCUUAUUUUUAUUAAGUUUUUUGACUGGUGUAUCAACUGGCAUUGCGAUACCUGCUAGUUAUACUUUACUUGCGCACUGGAGUCCACUGAAAGAGCGUAGCUUACUUUGUGGUCUUGCACUGGGGGCCUACAUUGCAGUUAUGAUCUUCGGUUAUUAUAUCAAUAUACAAACCAAUCACCUUAACCACUUAUAUGGAAUAAUAUUUUACUGUAUCGGAAUUUUGGCAAUAUUGUGGGUUUUUAGCUUUUACUUUCUUUGCUCUAACGACCCUUAUUCCCAUCGCUCAAUUCGACAGAAGGAGAAGGAGUAUUUACUUAAUGAGCUAAAGACUACUAAAUAUCGUCGUAAACUAAUUAUACCAUGGAUAGCUAUAUUUAAGAAUCGUGAAACUCAAGGUUAUAUAACUGCACUUUUCUUAUAUGCUUGGAGUAUAGGAAUUAUCAUUUACGGCUUACUUCAGUUAGAUAAACUUAAGGAAUCAGUCGAUAGAAGCACCGAACAUGAUUUCAUAAUAGCAUUAUGGUGCUUUUGGUUGAUUUCAAUAAUAACUUGUUUGAUUAUUGACUUGGGCCUUUUUAAAAUAUUUAAGAGCAUUAAUAAUAUUCGUUCGUACAGCAUAUAUAUCGCAAAUUCUCUUGCUGCACUUUUUUUGAUUGGAGCCUCAAAAUUUAACCGGAACACUAAAGUCAGUACACUGCUCUGUUACGGAUCGCUUGGCAUUAGCUAUAUAAACCUGAUAUUAACUCCUUUAGAUGUUACGCAAAAUUUUACAGGCACUUUUUCUUCUAUAACUUAUUCUUUUGGUCAAUUCGCUAUACUCUUCACAAUAACCACGUCAAACGCUUUUGAUGACGGGUUUCCGGAAGAUAAUUGGAAUCUAAUCUUUUGGUCUGCGUCUAUUUCUCUACUUAUUUCAGCCUUUAUAUAUGGACUUUUGGUAUAUAACGAACGACAGAUUUGGGACCCAAUUGUGGAAGAAAACCAAUAAAUUUUUG